UGUUGUUGUUGCAAUGAUGGUUGGCAUUCUCAAUCGUCUUCACAGCAGCAGUAAGAUGACAGGUAUGGAGUUCCUAGGUGUCCUCAUCUUUAUCAUUGGCUUCUAUAAUGUGGUCCUUAUAGGCGGGGUAGGAUAUUUUACACGUGCUUGGCCGAGAGAUGGUGAGGAGGUGUUUUGGGGAUAUGAGGAUGGGUUAUGGGAUCAUCCAGAGCCUAACUAUAAGGUCCUACCCUGGGUAGCGGAGUUCUAUGCUGUUGUUAGUGCUAUACCUCUUGCUGGUAUAACCUUACUUUAUCAAGCUAUACGGUAUAGAUAUGAUAGGGUAGUAUUGGUAUUAUGUCUUAUGGAUGUAUGGAUGUAUACCUGCGCAUUCUUCUCACAUAUGACAUUGUAUCCACCUCUUAAUGCUAUCACACUAACCUCGGUCCUCACUAACUCUCUAUAUACCUUCUUCAUGUAUUCGUGGAUGGCUGGUGGGCCGUUGAAGUCUACUCCCAUACGUGCUAUCCUUACUGUUACUAUCUGGCUUUUUAUCGUGCAGUGUGUCAGGACUCUGCCUGCUAUGUUCGGCCAUAGAGGGGGUGUUCCUGCUCUCUUGGUCAUCCAAGUCCCGGCUGUUGUUGCCGCAGCUUCGGGAGCAGCAUGGAUGCGGCAUAACUGUGAGGAGAGGGAGAAGGCCAUUUAUGGUCCCCUCCUUUUCUCUGGAGCCCUCCUAAUCCUGGCCAUGGGUGUCAGUGUUAUCGAGGUCGUCUACGGCCAGUACUGUCAGGAUCAUUACUUUGGUAACUUCCCACUUUUCCACGUAAUAAUCCACACACUAGAGCAGAUCGGUAUUUACCUAUACGGUGUAAUGGUAGCCUCGAUCCGGCAUACCAUCAAUGAGCCCCGUAAAGGAGCUAAAUUAGAGUACUGUGGUGGAUGGCUACCCUACCUUAGAUUGGCUUCUUCUAGCUGCUAUGAGGGUAUCGCUAGGUCGGCACCUAGUGUAGUGCCUAAUGAUACACCCCCUCGUGGAGGAUCGGGUAGAUAUAAUCUCAGGAAGCGUGUUUCCAAGACUCCUACUGGUCCCAGUGCUAUGGAGGAUUCUAUGUCUGCUGAGUAG